UUGUACCAGAAGUAUGUAUAGCAAUAUGUGAAGUUCUUGGCGAUCAAAUAAAAAUGCCUGGAACUGCUGAAGAGUGGAAAGUAGUGGCAACACAGUUUAAUAAUCUAUGGAAUUUUCCACAAUGUACAGGAGUUAUGGACGGAAAACAUAUUAUGAUUCAAUCACCAGAACACAGUGGAAGCGAUUACUUUAAUUACAAAUCGUUUUUUAGCAUCGUGCUUUUUAUUGUUGCUAAUGCAAAUUACGAAGUGUUGUAUAUGAAUGUUGGCUGCCAGGGACGCAUAUCGGAUGGUGGUGUUUACGAAAAUACCCAGUUCAAAAGAAUGUUGUCCGAAUAUAAACUUAAUCUACCUAAUAAUGAAAAGCUUCCUGGUACAGCCAUGGCUGUUCCUUAUGUUUUUCUGGGUGACGAUGCUUUUCCAUUGUCACCAAAUUUGAUGAAACCUUAUCCAGGUACCCAAGAAAAAGGAUCACAGGGAAGAAUAUUUAAUUAUAGACUAUCAAGAGCGCGAAGGGUAUCAGAGAAUGUGUUCGGAAUAUUAUCUGCACGAUUUCGAGUUUUCAGAAAAAUAAUGUUACUUGAACCAACGAAAGCGGAGACAAUUGUGACUGCUUGUAUUUGUUUACAUAAUUAUUUAAGAAAAAAAAAUCAAGGACCACCUACACUCCACCUGGAACUUUCGAUUCUGAAGACAAAGACAGUGGUAAUAUUAUUUCUGGAGCUUGGAGGAACGAGAUGCAAAACAAUAUGCCAUUCCAUAGUUUCGAUAAGAGAGCUCGGAAAUCAAGUAGUGCUGCGAAAGAUGUGAGACAAGAAUUUGCAGAGUUUUUUAUGACCGAACAAGGGAACAUUCCUUGGCAAAAUGACUAUUAACAAA